UUUAAUACAGUUUUUUCGUAAAGAAAUCGACAGGACUGCUAUUUUUAAAGAUUUGCUGCAAGUUCUGCAGAGCUUCAGGAAAAUUCUUGGCAAUUUUCUGGUUUGUAACGCACAAACGGUGGGCGCAUAUGGGCAACAGAUUCUUGACCGUGACUCUCUCUUCGGGGACUAGUAACCACCCACUUGACACUGGAGCUUGUUAGAACGAAGAAUCUCAAUAUGGGCAAACGAUUUAGUCACAGAAAAGUGUCUCUGUUUUGUCGUUGAAGAGGCGAGAAAAUGCGGCCGAUCGCCAUCGAGACAACUUGAUAAUGGCUAAGGGGUUACACUUAGCCUUUGGAUUCAUUUUACUUUUGUGUCUCCUUCGGACAACAAGAACAUCUUCGGGGUAUGAUGAAGUUCCAUGGUACAUCGGCUGUUACAAUAACAGUGAAGUCUCUGAAGAUGCGUCAUUCAAACCUGCUUUUGAAGAGGAUCAGACGACCCCUGUUUACUGUGUUAGUCUUUGUACUUUUAAUGACAGCUUCAGAUAUGCAGCAGUAAGGAAUGGAAGCAUCUGUAUAUGUCUCACGCAAAUACAAAAGGACAACAGUGCCAAUCGCACUCUCUGCAAUGUUAGUUGCCAUGGAGAUCAAAAUAUUAUUUGUGGGGGAAGAAAUGCAAGUAGUGUUUACUCAACUGCAGUUCCACUGCUUGUGUUGCUGAACAUCACUUUACCAAAACAAGUUAAAACUAAUACCUCAGUUACUGCUGACUCCAAGCUGUCAAUCAAGAGACCAAGAGAUGAAGUCAGUAAUUUGGACAGAAUAAAGCAAGGAAAUCAAACUGCAGAUGUUAUUUUAAUUUACUGGUACUCUGGGGUUGAGUUUUGGAAUAAAACACGGCAUACUCUACAUGGAAAUCAGACAAGAACCUCAACUGUUUUCUUAUUUGUGACACCUGGUAAUCACAGAAUCUGCGUCGAAGCAUCCAAUCUGUUUUCGCACCAAAAGAUAUGUACCGAUAUUGAUGUAGUUGCUCCAGUAGAAGGCUUGCAACUCGUUACGGUCUUUCAAGGAGGUAAAAAGCUGAACCUUUCUUUGCCAUUGGUAGUCAAAAGUCACAGGACUGUACUUUUGAAAUAUCUCACUGCAAGUGGAUCAAGACCUGAAUUUCAAUUUGACUUUGGUGAUGGAAGUUCCCCGCUUACCGUCAUGGACAAUUCUGUGGACCGAUACUCAUCAAUAUGCUCUUGCGUUACUGUUUCUCAUGUCUUCAAAAGUUGCGGUAACUUUACAAUGAAUGUGACGGCAUCAAAUGCUGUCAGUAUAGAGUCUGUUACUCAGCCUGGCCAAGUUAUGGUGGUAAUGUCUAUUGGGGCAGUGGAAAUAAGCAAAAAUGGCAUUGGCUGUAUGUACGUGGAAGGAAAUGUCUCCUGGACCUUGACAGCCAUGGUGAAACAGUCUCAGGGGUGUACUCUUUUCUUUCAAUGGAAUUUUAAUGAUUCUUCGCCUGAUGUGACAACAACAGCUCCAUCAGUGUCUCACACGUUCUCAAGCUCUCGCAGUUUUUAUAAUGUCACAGUUGUAGCAUUUAAUGAGUACAGUAGAAGGGAAACAACACAGAAGGUCUGUCUACAAGAGAGAUUACAAGGUGUGAUAUUAAAACCUGAGGUGUCACACAUGAUGGUGAGCACUGAGGAAACGACGACAUUCAUGGCACAGCUCAGUCCAAGACUUGCAGGACAAGGCAAAGUCUUAUACAAGCUUUACAGGAGUGACAGGGAGGAUCUCGUGACAGGUGGCCAGGAAGGUCGAUUUCCAAUUAAUUUUGAUACAGCAGGAAGGCAUGUCGUGUUUGUUUAUGCAGUCAAUAGAGUCAGUGAGGUUGUUUCCAAUGAAAUUGUGGUUACUGCAUUGGAACCAGUACUGGGGCUCUCUAUCGAUCACAAAGGAAUAAUACUGUUAGGACAGCCAGUGCAUUUAAGUGCAGACUUAAAGCAAGGAACCAAUGUCAUAUUUAAUUGGGAUUUUGGUGAGGGAUUGCCGAUCAGUACAUUCAACACCUCAUCACCAAAUGUCACCUACAGCUACACCAAAAAAGGGAGGUACAAAAUUGUUCUUACUGCAACGAAUGGCAUUGGACGUGAAGAAAAAGCAUCAAUCACAGUUUAUAUUACUAAUGUACCACAGUGCUACCCUCCUAAAAUUAACAUACUUGGAGUCUCCAGCAGCAAGGUAAACCGAUCCAAAGAGAUCCAAUUAGAAGCUGAUGUCACUCUAACCUGCAGUGAAGACAGGGAACUACUGUACUUAUGGACGAUAACCCGUGCAUCGGGAAAAAAUGUUGAGCCAGAAGGAGUCAGCUUCACAGAGCAAGUUCUUAUUAUCCCUCCUUGUAUGCUGGAUUAUGGAGAAUACCACUUCCAGCUUGAGGUUAAGGUAAAAGGCACUGUCUUAUCAGAUGAGAAGAAGAUUAGUCUUGAAGUCGUGAAGAGCCCACUGGUGGCAGUUAUUGAUGGCGGAACAACAAAGGUUGUUGGCCGUAAAAACAAUGAAAUCACCAUGGAUGCAUCUUCUUCUCAUGACCCAGAUUUCCCAGAUCAGGGGCAUCUGAUUAGGUUUCAGUGGAAUUGUCAUCCAGUAGGACACAAGAACAUGCCUUGCUUCAAUGAAUCGAAAAUAUCUGGAAUAAGACAAAACCAAAGUGUUCUGACUUUUCAAAUGGACUGGCUAUUGAGUCGUGACACAUUCGAAUUUGCUGUUACAGUGUCAAAAGAUUUUCGAAAAUUUACCGCACUGCAGAUUCUCUAUGUGGACUUCAAAAAAUCACACCUGUUGUCUGCUAACUGUCCCCAGUGUGAUAAGGGACUUAUAAAUCCAAGUGUUCCUCUAGUCAUCACAGGCUUGUGUUUGACAUGUCCCUUGGACAACACUAAAAUCACGUACACAUGGGAAAUCUUUCAUGUAGUUGUUGGUGACUCUAACUUGGUCGCAAAGGAGGAGUGUAAACCCUCUCCAGAAGACAGUGAUCAGAACAGCGGAAUGCUUAAUUCUGAUGUUAGCAGUACUAGGAAGCCAUCACCUACGAUACCGCCCUUGCAAUCUCAAACAACUCCUGAACAGUUGAUUGUUGGUACGACACUCCCAAGACCAACUAAUCAGCCAGUAACCGCUCGCACUGUCAAGGCAACCAAUACACAAAGCUCUCAGGUAAAAUUUGCCAGUGGAAGCAUCUGCAGAGAUUCUGGUCAGAUCUAUGGGCCAACCUCAGGACCAUCUUCAAGGUCUUCUACCAAGAGGAGGCAUCCAGCAGGAUUUCCAGGAAGCGGUAGUGGCGGUGGUGGUUCAGGGAGCGGGGAUGGGUUUGUUCAUCGCAGAGGUAGUGGUAGUGGUAGUGGUAGUGGAAGUGGACGUGGAAGUGGAAGUGGUUCGGGGUCAGGGAAUAAUCCAGACUUUGGAGCUGGAGCUAGAAAUAGAAGCACGGUCUCGACAACUACAUCACAACAGAAUUUCACUACUACGACCCCAGUGACUGAUGACAAUGGCAAUGAGGAUGAUGGUGAUGGUGAGCCUGAAGAUAUUUAUGACUCGCGGUAUACGCCACGAUCUGCAAGGCAUACCGGCAGCAUUAUCAGACUUAAACGUUCCAGACUGAAACUUCUAGAGAUGUAUACGGCUACAGGCCUCAAAAGCCAGAACUUUGUUUUACUUGACAAGUACAAGUAUUUCGUAGGAGGUCGUACAUACAUGGUGGCAUUCAAGGUAUCUGAUGGUAGAACUAGGCAGAAGGGAAAAGCAACUGUCUACUUCAACACAAGUGACAUUCCGGAAUGUGGAGUAUGUACAGUAACACCUUCUGCUGGAGUUGCUAUGGAGACCACUUUUCGGUUGACAUGCUCAAAGUGGAGGGCUGUGGGUUUGGGACUUCUAAGUUACCACAUAAGCUACAGCACUGGUGGUGAUAAUGGCGAUGAAAAAAUCUUGAUCUACUCCGGAUACAGAUCUGUGGUUCCAUUUGUAUUGCCACCUGGAUUGCCUUCCUUUAAUAACGCAGUUCAAAUUUAUGUAACAGUAUCCAGUGGAGAGGGAACUAAGCAAAGACUUCAGAGACCAUUAAGAGUGAAAGUGAUACCUCAGUCUGCUAAAGAAGGAGUCUCUAUGGAAGAAGUGCUGUUGAAUAAAACAGUUGGAAAGUACCUGUCAGUGUUGCAAGAGGCAGGGGACGAACAAGGAGUCAGGCAUUUUAUAACAGCAUUGGCGAAUUCUCUGAACAGCCUUGGUUCUGUCAAAAAUGUGAGCUCCAAAUUUCACCUGAGGAUACAGAUAAGAGAGCACGUGCUGUUGCUUAUUAAAACUCUCUCUGUGAAUGACAAGAAUUCAGCCUUUCAAACAUGUUUAGCUCUGCAAGCACUGACUGCAAGACCAGAUGAGCUUACUAGAAGUGGUGUGGAAACAGCAUCUCGCAUACUGCAGCACCUUGGUGAAGUGAUGCAGACGACACAGAGAAGAAUGCGUUCCAAUAAAAUAGAAGACAGAUUUCUACUUAGUCAGGAAUUUAUUCAAGCAAUGACAAGAGUGACAUCCAACCUGAUCGAAGCUUCUUCAAUGCUCAUUGACAGGAAUCCAAGGAUGUUAGGCAGGCAAGACGCCGAGGAGAAUGUUCUUCUCAGGGCAACGGAAGCUGCUGAGAAGCUCAUCAAGGCCAAGUUGUCGGUGCAAGUUCUCGGAGAAGCGCCCCUUAUCCUAACUACACCUAACAUCUGGGUGAAUGCAACACAGUUGACUUCUAUCAGCAAUUCACUUUUCUCUCUCGGUGAUGUCGAAUUUCACAUGCCCACAAACCUUGAGAAGCAGCUCAACACUGUAUCUGAUGGGAAAGAAGGGAAGUGUUAUGGAACUAUGAUGACUGUUUAUAAAGAAAAUCCCUUCUUCAGUGACAUGCAUCACACCAAAGUUGGUAGCCUGAGCAUCAGUAACUGCUAUGGAGAAGAUAUAGAAGUGCGAAAUCUGAGCAGUAGUAUUGUCAUCUCAAUACCUCACGGAAAUCAUAAGGUCGAACAAUUUACGAAGGAAUACUUGUUACACUGGAACCAUGAAAAUAAUCAUGUUAUAAACCAAACAGAAAAGAGGAUAAACCAGGUGCUGCAGAUCCAUUUUAAACCACUGUCCACCUUGGCACCUGGAUUUGUUGUCAAACUCAUUCUUAGCAGCACUGCCAGUGCAGAUUCAUCCUCAGAGAAUCGCAUUGAGUACUCAGAGACGAGUUCAGGGACGGCCAUUGACUUCUACUUGAGCCAUGAACAGCUAACUAAUGGUAACUUAAAGUUAACGCCCAGAGCUUCACAGCUCACGGCGUAAGAAAAUCUUUCUGCUGUGUGAAGCUGGCGAAAUGCUGUCGUAAAUUUCUUAUUUGAGGAGUCUUUCGCUGUCUUCGCGUUUUUUUAAAGAUGAGCCACACAUUAGCUUUAUGCUCACGUUUAUUUUAAAGCUUCGUUAAAGAAACUGAAACUUUAAGUCACUUAUAUGUCAACUUCACGCAGCUUUACGUCAACUUUACGCACGUAGCGUCAACGUCGUCUUUUAAACCUAAAACGGCAUUGAAGUUGUAGCGUUAAGUUGGAUGACCGGCCAUCUUUAAGCAGAUUUUAGCCAACUUUAAUUUUCCGUACAUCUCCAUUUUCAUUCCGUGGUUAGCAUACCAGUGUUGAGGUAUAUUUUCACUCUUUGACAUCUCUAGCAGUUU